AUGGCGGUGAAGAAGGCCAAACCCCGUCCCCCUCAGGUGUUCAUCAACUUCCGCGGAGAGGAGCUCAGAGACAACUUCGUGAACCAACUCGUGAGAGCCUUAAGAGAAGCAGAAGUCAACGUCUUUAUAGACGUCCAUGAGUUAAAGGGAAGAAAACUAAGAACACUCUACACAAGGAUAGAUAACUCGAAAAUCGCGCUCGCAGUAUUCUCCAAGAGGUACUGCGAGUCUGAGUGGUGUUUGAAUGAGCUAGUGAAGAUGAAUGAAGCAAUGAACGAAGGCAAACUCGUGGUGAUCCCUAUCUUCUAUAACGUUACCGCAAGUGAUGUCAAAAGAGCAUACAAACUUGAUAAAGAAGAAACCGAUUUCAACGGACAAGAGAAAGAGUUCACCACCCUUUUCAAGAAAAUGAAGCUGAAACACGCAAAUGAUCAAAAGAUGAUCAAUACAUGGGAGCUUGCCCUCAAGUCUGUAACCGAAAGAAUCGGCCUUUCCACAGAAGUUUAUGGAAAGUCUCUUGUAAAGACUAUAGUUGUGGAGGUUAGGAGACAUCUAGGAAUGUCCCCGGAGAAGCCUCGGUCUGAUGUAAAUGUUGCUUUCAUGUCACUUUGGGCUAGUACGGUCUUUAGCUUUAUCAUAGCUCCUCUGCUUUUCCCUGAGGUGGAAUUCUUCAGGACCGGUAAGUGGGUCUUAGGUUUUCCAUUGUUAGUUCUUGCCUGGCACAGUUUAGAUAAGUUAUACAAGAAGACACCACAGGUUUAUAUCAGUCAACUGACUCAUUCCACCAACAAUGUCGUUUGGGAUACUAAGGAGACCAUUUUGGCUUGGAAACGUCAUCACACCGCUUGA